GAGCAUGGGCACCCUGCGGGAUUUACAGUACGCGCUCCAGGAGAAGAUCGAGGAGCUGAGGCAGCGGGAUGCUCUCAUCGAUGAGCUGGAGCUGGAGUUGGAUCAGAAGGACGAACUGAUCCAGAAGCUGCAGAACGAGCUGGACAAGUACCGCUCGGUGAUCCGACCAGCCACCCAGCAGGCGCAGAAGCAGAGCGCGAGCACCUUGCAGGGCGAGCCGCGCACCAAGCGGCAGGCGAUCUCCGCCGAGCCCACCGCCUUCGACAUCCAGGAUCUCAGCCAUGUGACCCUGCCCUUCUACCCCAAGAGCCCACAGUCCAAGGAUCUUAUAAAGGAAGCUAUCCUUGACAAUGACUUUAUGAAGAACUUGGAGCUGUCCCAGAUCCAGGAGAUUGUGGAUUGUAUGUACCCAGUGGAAUAUGGCAAAGACAGUUGCAUCAUCAAGGAAGGAGAUGUGGGGUCACUGGUGUAUGUCAUGGAAGAUGGGAAGGUUGAAGUUACAAAAGAGGGUGUGAAGCUGUGCACUAUGGGUCCAGGAAAAGUGUUCGGGGAGUUGGCUAUUCUUUACAACUGUACCCGGACAGCGACCGUCAAGACUAUUUCAAGCAUGACAUUCUUCAACCUGAGUCAGAAAAAUCUGCCGACUGUCAAAAACCUAAAAAGACGGAUGGGAAAAAAUAAAAAGAGAUUUGAUUGA